AUGGAGGGCUCCCUCCUCCGCCGCCUCCUCCUGGUGGCCGGCCUCCUGGCCGCGCUGCUCCCGGCCGCCGCCGCCACCUUCGGGCCGCAGCCGGGCGCGCCCUGCGAGCCCACCCUCCUCGCCACCCAGGUCUCGCUCUUCUGCGCGCCCGACAUGCCCACCGCGCAGUGCUGCGAGCCCGUCGUCGCCGCCGUCGACCUCGGCGGCGGCGUCCCCUGCCUCUGCCGCGUCGCCGCCGAGCCGCAGCUCGUCAUGGCGGGGCUCAACGCCACCCACCUCCUCACCCUCUACACCUCCUGCGGAGGCCUGCGUCCCGGUGGCGCACACCUCGCCGCCGCAUGCCAAGGACCCGCUCCCCCCGCCGCCAUCGUCUUCGCACCGCCGCCGUCUCCCGCGCCUCGCCGCAAGCAGCCAGCACAUGAGGCACCUCCCCCGCCGCCGUCGACCGACAAGCCGUCCCCGCCGCCUCAGCAGCGCGACGGCGCCGCCCACGCCAAGGCCGUCCCCGCCGCCCCGGCUACUUCCCCGCUCGCGCCCACUGCUGCCAUCGCCCCGGCGGCGCCCCAGCCACCACACUCCGGCGCGUCGUCCGAGGGAAUCACCUGCGCCAUCCUCAUCAUCAUCAUCGGCAUCAUCAUCUGGAGCUUCCGCCAGCACUGA